AUGAAGGAAAGCGUGAGGCGGGAACUCAAGGUCUACUCACCGGUGACCCCAGUGCCCACCAUGGCCCCCCUCAACUCCUACAUGACCCUAAACCCUCUGAGCUCUCCCUACCCCCCCGGGGGGCUCCCUGCCUCUCCGCUGCCCUCAGGACCCCUGGCACCCCCAGCCCCCGCGGCACCCCUGGGGCCCACCUUCCCGGGCCUGGGUGCCAGCACUGGUGGAGGCAGCAGCUCAGGGUACGGGGGCCCGGGCCCGGGGCUGGUGCACGGGAAGGAGAUGCCAAAAGGCUACCGGAGGCCACUGGCCCAUGCCAAGCCGCCAUAUUCCUACAUCUCGCUCAUCACCAUGGCCAUCCAGCAGGCGCCGGGCAAAAUGCUGACCCUGAGUGAGAUCUACCAGUGGAUCAUGGACCUCUUCCCUUACUACCGGGAGAACCAGCAGCGCUGGCAGAACUCCAUCCGCCACUCCCUGUCUUUCAACGACUGCUUUGUCAAGGUGGCGCGCUCCCCAGACAAGCCAGGCAAGGGCUCCUACUGGGCCCUGCACCCCAGCUCAGGUAACAUGUUUGAGAAUGGCUGCUACCUGCGCCGCCAGAAGCGCUUCAAGCUGGAGGAGAAGGUGAAGAAGGGGGCUGGGGGGACGUCCACCUCCAGGAACAGUGCAGGGUCUGCUGCCCCGGCCACCACGCCUGCUGCCACGGUCACCUCUCCCCCCCAGCCCCAGCCUCCACCGCCUGAGCCCGAGGCCCAGGGUGGGGAAGACGUGGGGGCUCUGGACUGUGGCUCUCCCCCUUCGUCCACCCCCUACUUCGCUGGCCUGGAGCUCCCAGGGGAGCUGAAGCUGGAUGCACCCUACAAUUUCAACCACCCCUUCUCCAUCAACAACCUGAUGUCGGAACAGACACCAGCACCUCCUAAACUGGACGUGGGGUUUGGGGGCUAUGGGGCAGAGGGUGGGGAGCCCGGGGUGUACUACCAGGGUGUCUAUUCCCGCUCUCUGCUUAACGCAUCCUAG